CGCUCAACCGCCCUCAAGACGUGAUGCGUCAAAGGGGAAAGCUCGGAUGCUUUCUCCACAAGGUCGUGGUGCACAGGAAGAUGACUUGUUCACGGUAGAGAAGAUGGCGUUGAUCCCUAAUUCGCUAAAAUGGAUGAUUCAUGAAUUCCUAAGGCUCAAAGAUAAACGUGAUAUAAUCACAAUUCUUGUCUCCCGAGGAUUCAUUGCACCGCGUACCCAGAUCACGUUAUCUGGAGAGGAUUUGCAGCAGGUUGCUACGUGUGACUACAUCGGCAACCAGGGAAUGCUGUUUGGAAUGAUGCACAUAUGGGAGAGCAUCAACGGUCUGAGAAAAAUUUUCAAGUUUUACGACCCAGAGCUUCUCACAGUGCAUGGGAUCAACGAUGAAGAACAGAGUCAGUCUUUUGACGAUGCGGCAAGACGAUUGGCUAAUUGGUUAUCAUUAAUGAACAACAACCACCAAAUGUUCUUUAUUCCUUGGAAUAUCGGGAUGCAUUGGACGCUAGUGGUGGUUGCGCCAAGGAAAAUUAUCCAUUUAAACCCUGUAAAAGGCCGCCCAAUUCCCGAAGAAAUAGAACAAAUGAUCGGAAGGGCAUUCAUGUAUAUAGGGGACGCACAUCAGUAUCUUGGCCCGUGGCAAGGAAUUUCACAAGCAAACUGUCCAAGACAACCUAAAAGCCAAGAAUGCGGUUUUUAUGUUUUGAAAUAUAUCACUGACAUCGUCGCACGUGCCAACCCCAACCGUUACAUACAAGAUCAAAAAGCUGUAAGUUUUAAUUAUUGAUUAUAGUAUAUAAAUUUUAUAAUAACAAAUAUAUAAUAUACAUAUACAUAAACUAAUAUAAAUUUUUAAUUUUUUUAACAGUUUGGGGGUAAGAAGCAAUAUGAUUCAAAAACAGAAUUGUUACCACUACAGCGAAAGUGGAUCGAACAAUUGAUGGCGGUGAUUCACGGUGACGAUUGAGGUUCAAAGGUCGAAGAAUUUUUCUUCAUUAUGUAAUUUUUAUAGAUUAACUUGUAGUUAGAUUUAUUAACUUAUUAAUAUUUUUAACUAAUUUUACAUGUUUGUGUAAUAUUUAAUUACUUUUAUGAAAUCAAAUUAUGUUUUUACCCAAA